GUAUAUUGCCUCCUGCGUUUCGCCGGGCCCGUAGCAGGCAUCGAAGUUGAAUUCCACGUCUUUGCUGGCAUCAGCGCGGAUUCGUCACCCGCAACACGUUGUUUGGCUCUACAGACACAGAGUCGUCAGGUCGCUCUGCCUCCAGAAACGGUCGCACCCGACACACGACCUUGACUUUGUGUUCGGCCUGCAGCAUUGCAGGAGUAUGUGCAUGAAAUCAGGGUGGAAUGCUAGAAGAAAAUACAGCAAAGAGUUGCGAAAGCGCCAACGCAGUAAAAGCGAAGAGGCUGGUUGGCUGUGGCGGCCAAAGAUUCAUUGCCAGUGGUCUGGACGAGGCGCUGGUAGAAAAUUUUUUGCCUCUACUUUAUUUUGUCAUUUCAGAUUUACUUUGAACAAAUAGCAUGAGCGAGACGGCAGAGCAGAUUCCGCAGCAGCACGAGCAGCGCCCAGCCAAGAAGCCGCGCUUCGAGAAGCACAAGGGCACGCCUGAUCUCUCCCAGCCGAUGUCGGAGACGAAGCGCGCGAUCCUGACGAGCUUCACGCAGUACCGCGACACGCUGGACGCGCACUACGACCGGCGCGAGCGUGUAAUCAAGUGCUCGCGCGACAUCACGGCGCUGAGCAAGAAGAUUGAUUCGCCCGACCGCGUGUUCGCAGAUGCCGAGAGCAAGCAGAAGCAGGUGCUGGAGCUGUUCCGCAAGAUGUCGGCGGAACUGCAGGGCUCGAAUGGGUACAAGUACAAUCGCCAGGCGACGCCCGGCUUGCAGGAGUACAUUGAGGCGAUCGGCUUGUGGACGUUUUUGCGCGACAGCACGCUGAUCACGAAGCAGCAGGUGGUGGAGAGCCUGUCGGUGGCGGACGAGAGCGGCGAGGUGAAGCCGCUGCUGAUGGUCAGCGAUGAGGAUUAUAUUCUGGGUGUCAGCGAUCUGCCUGGCGAGGUCAACCGCUAUUGCAUCAACUCUAUUGGAAAGGGCGACCGCAAUGCGGUCGAGCGGAGCCUGGCGUUCUUGCGCGAGCUCAAGGAGGGAAUCAACUUUGUCUUGUGCGGUGGACGUAUCCGUGAUCUGGACAAAAAGAUUCCAAAGAUCGAGAAGGCGUACUAUUCUAUGUCGAUUAGAGACGAUGAGAUGGCCAAGAUCAACCCGACUGCGGUUGCAGCCGCAGCAGACGCAUAGGACAUGUUCAAUAUGAUGGUACAUAUACUGCUGAAUACAUGAAUAGCUAGUCUUGUAUGAUGUGUCCAAAA